AUGAGUCACAGUCACAGCUCUGAAGAAUCAUGGUCAGACACCGAGUCCGAGGCCAGCGACGAGCUCGAAGCUCCACUGCGGAGCUACGCCUACCAGAUCGAAAUGUUUGAACACAGCAUGCAGGGUAACAUCAUUGCCGUCAUGGGCACAGGGACGGGGAAGACUCAAGUGGCCAAAUUGCGUAUCGAAGCAGAGCUUGAGCGGUCAGUCGGUAAACUUGUUUGGUUCACUGCCCCGAGUGUUGUUUUGGCAUACCAGCAACACUUAUUUCUUUCCAAACAGCUGCCUGCAUUCAAAUUUCGCUUGAUUACUGGUAUGGACAAUGCAGAGCACUGGAAGACAGAAGACAUAUGGAACAAAGUACUGUUCAAGAUAGAUGUCGUCGUCUCAACGCCUCAAAUACUUCUCGAUGCUCUCGACUUCGGCUUCCUUUCUCUUCACGCGUUAUCGCUGCUUGUCAUUGAUGAAGCACACCAUUGCAUAGGCGAUUCUCCUUUGAAACGAGUCAUGCAACGUCAUUAUCAUGGCUCGGAAGAUAGCCUUCCGCAUAUUCUGGGACUUUCUGCCAGUCCCAUCACCAAGCGAAGCGUGUCUGAAAUGAGCAUACUUGAGACGAAUCUCAAGGCUAAGUGCAAGAUGCCAACGCAACAAGUAGAAGAAUACUCGGCUCUCAUCAAAAUGCCAGAGCUUGAAACGAUUAUGUUCGCCGAGAAUCAACCUCGAGCGACGGAGUUGAUGAUCCUCCUACAGAGUGCCAUUUCAACAGUAUCAUUGGAUAGUGACCCUUACUAUCGAGAGAUACGUAGCAAGAAGGACCCACGCUCCCUCGAGAAGAUGAAGAAAAUGAUUCAACGCAAUGCUACUCCUGCCAUUACUGAGCUUCGAGCGUUUGCGAGAUCGUGUGCGGAUGUUCAGCUGAGUCUUGGAUGUUGGGCCUGCGAUGUCUACAUAACAAGCUGUGUACGAAAAGUCCUCAACUCGGCAUCUCUAGAGAAGAGUCUGAAUACCAGCCAAGAUUCGUUGAACGGCACAACUCAGCUGAUUGGCUCAGUGUUACAGCCUUUUGGCGACAUCAGUGACUUGAGACAUUCAGGUAUACUGAUGGAAGAUUCACUCUCACCAAAAGUUGAAGCACUGUUCGGGUAUCUAGCAAAAGAAUAUCGCAAAACACUUCGAGGCCUGGUAUUCGUUGAAAAGCGUGACACGGCGUGGGCGGUGGCCGAACUUAUCAGUCAUCAUCCAAGCAUGCAAAUGUACCAGGCGUUCUCUUUUGUUGGUGUCUCUAACCCGAGCUACAAAGGACCAUUCGAUUUUGCAGAACUUCCCGUACAAAGCAAGAAUCUGGAAAGAUUUCGCCGCGGGGAGCUCAAUCUCUGCAUUGCGACUUCUGUGCUUGAGGAAGGCAUCGACAUCCCUGCAAUGAACUUGGUGAUCUCUUUUGAUGAGCGCAAGAACCUUCGCAGCUUUGUUCAGAGCAGAGGACGUGCGCGGGCAGCAGAAUCGAAAUAUGUUAUCUUUCGUCCCCUUCAGGAGACAAAUACGAAGAUCAAAGUGUGGAACGAUCUCGAACGAGCUAUGAACCAGCAAUGCGAAGAUUCUGCCGAAGCUUUGGCCGAGCUCCAAGCGGCUGAAAUGGUUGAGGAGUUUAGCAGCGAGAUAUUCCGUGUUUCUUCAACGGGUGCUACAUUGACAUUUGACAAUGCUCCGCAGAGAUUGCAGCACUUUUGCGCAAAAUUGCCGAAGAAGGAGGGUCUGUCGGUGCCAGAGUUAGCGUAUUGCAUCGAUGGCGAGGUUGGUGGUCCAAUACGGGCCAAGGUCUAUCUCCCUAGCUCCCUUGCACCGGACCUACAGCUUUUCCACUCUGAAUCGACUUGGUGUACUCAGAAGAUGGCGAAGAGAGAUGCUGCUUACCAGGCGUAUCUUGCUUUGUAUCGAGCUGGACUCGUGACGAAGCAUUUACUACCGCUGGAGACACCGAAACACGAAGCCUCAAAGGACCAUACAGCCACGACCGAUGCAGUACCAGACGCCCUUUGCGUCGUGGAGGCACAGUGGGAUCCAUGGCCACAGAUCACUGAACAUUGGUCAUCAUCGACCCAGAUGUUCGCGCAUCGACUCCAUCUCGAGGACUCCGGCGACACGUACCCACGAAUGCUCAUCCUGUUGCCUACUAAACUUGCUUCAAUGUCUUUUCCUCUCUACAUUACUGCAAACGGAACAGUCCAGGUUUCCAUUGGUGAAGGGGAGGUCAUGUCUGGAAUUCCAUUUACCCUUGCACAGGACAUCAGCUUUUACCUGCUAACGAGCGUCCUACAACGACGACUCGAGGGCAUCACGAAAGGACAGCUUCCACUUUUGCUCGUUCCAGAUAUUGGUAUUGACUCUCUUGAACGCUGGUACAGGGAGACCUCGCGCAGCAUACCUCUGCUUGACUUACUCGCCGAAGGCGGACAGGUUGGGGAGAGGUAUCUCAUCCGAGUCCGCGGCCAUCUAUCACCCCUUAUUCUUGCACCUGAGGGGGUACCUUCGAGCGUGGAGUUGUUCGAUGACUCUGAGUCGAUGACCAUCACGGCAACAAAGAUUACGAAGAGGCUGGAAUAUUUAUUACCACUCACGCACACGAACUUGAGAAAGCCUCUUCAACCUAAGAGGUUAUUGGUACAGGAUUGUGAGGUGUUGAGGUUGCACCCAGCAUAUGGCGACAUGCUGCUACUUACCCCUUCCAUCACCCACAUGUUGGAGACUGCUUUACGCUCUUCCGAGGCAUGCAGGGGUCCUUUGUCUUGUCUUCAAGUUACAAACCUCGAUCUGGUCACGGAAGCAUUGACCCUACCUGUUGUCUCUGCGAGGAACUACCAGCGCCUAGAGUUUCUCGGUGAUGAUUUAUUGAAAUUUCACGCGAGCCUGCAAUUAUAUGUCGAUGCUCCUAUGCACCCAGAGAGCUUGUUGACUGCUGACCGCGGACGCCUUGUCAGCAACAGCCGCCUCCAGCGCACCACUCGUGAACUGGGCUUGGAUCAAUACAUCACACGGGGACGAUUCUCCGCCGCGCGCUGGAAAGCCGGAGUCCAACUGCCGAACAACCAACGGAGCAUUUCGUCUAAGAAGAGGCUAUCGCGAAAGACCCUAGCGGAUGUCAUCGAGGCUCUCAUCGGCGCUGCUCAUUGUGACGGCAUAGCAACGGGCACAUCUGAGACCAAAGUUAUUAGUGCUUUGCAGCUGUUCCUGAGCGAGGUUCAAUGGCGCUCCGUGUCAGAGAACCUGGCGCGCUUGGAGGCCAAAGAUGACUCGUCGCUGUUCGGGUCCGAUGCUCUGGAUCAUGUUCAAUCACUGAUGGGAUAUGAAUUCGCACAUCGCUCCUUGCUCGGCGAAGCCUUGACGCACUCGUCUCUCAGACCGGGCGUCCUGUCCUAUGAACGCCUUGAGUUCCUGGGCGAUGCUAUCAUGGACCACAUCGUCAAGAUCAAGCUCUUCAACAGCCCACUCCGGUUGGACCCGGAAGCCAUGACACUCCGUCGACAUGCGCUGGUAAGCAAUGCGACCCUGGCAUUCUUUGCUCUGCAGGCAUCGCACGAGCGUCAGACGGUUGGGAUCCACACCGACGCACGAACGCGCGAGACCACCACGCGGGAAGUCUUUGAACCUCGCCACCUGCCGGAUUAUCUUCGACGGAUCAGUCAGGACAUGGACCAACGAGAGGCCACCUUGAAAGCGUACGACGAAGUCCGGGAGAGCAUCCUCAUCAGUUUCAAGGACGGGACAAAGUUUCCCUGGCGCGAGCUGACUCAUUUGCGAGCACCCAAGUCGUAUUCUGACGUUGUCGAGUCCGUCCUCGGCGCCGUGUUCGUCGACUCCAAGGGCGAUCUCGCCUGUUGUGAAUCGGUGCUUGGUGAAUUCGGGUUCCUGACACUGCUAGACCGAUUCGCGCUUGAGCCAGGCCUCGACCUUAUCCAUCCGGAAGAGCAGCUCGCCAAGGUCAUCCAGGGCUGCAAGCUGAUUACGAGCGAGACCCGUUCCGGCUGGCGGUGCAAGGUCAUGGUCGGUGACGAGCGGAUUGCCCGUGCACGCAAGGCGAGUUGUGCGGAAGAAGCUCGAUGCCGCGCAGCCCAGAGGGCGGUUGAUGUGCUUCUGAUGAAAGAGACCGUGAAGGGUCUAGAAGUAACGACCGUGAUCGAGGAGAAACCUGGUAGUGUUGUUUCGACGGAGAAAGAAAACGAGCGUGAGAAUGAGAACAACGAGACGGAUGGCGACGACGCAUACGAAGAAGAUGAGGGUGGAGAAGAGACAGAUAACGACACAGAGGGCGAGAUCCCUGACGAUGUCGACGACCUUUACAUGACUGACGAUUACGAAGAUUGA